UCUACCUACACAAUACUCUGUGGCAUCGGCAUCAUGUCAUGGCUGAAGAAGCUUGAUUUCUUUCCUUGCAAAAGUGAGCUUGGUUUUCUUUGAAAGUGAAGAUUACCUAGAAGACGGAAAUCAUUUGAGACAAAAUGAACGACGGCGAUUGGAUUUGCAGUGAUCCGAAUUGCGGGAACAUUAAUUUCGGGCGUCGUCUUUCUUGUUAUCGAUGUAAUAAGGAAAAGCCGGAAAGUACUAAACCUUUCAAGAAGAAACUUGGCACUGAGAUUGGCAAGUCUGCUGCCGAGAAAUCUCGUGGCCUCUUCAACGCAGAUGAUUGGCAAUGCAACAAAUGUGCUAACGUGAACUGGGCCCGCCGGCAAACAUGUAAUGUUUGUAACGCACCAAGAUUUGGCGAAGUUGAAGCAAGGACUGGAUAUGGGGGCGGAUACAAUGAGCGUGGAGUAGUAGAAUAUCGAAGGAGAGAAUCUUCCUCAGAUGAUGAAUAUGAUGAAUUUGGGAGGAUAAAACGCAAACGCAAAACAGAUUCAAAGGAUAAGGUUGGCAUCACUGAAGGAGCAGCAUUCAAUAAGUUGCCACCAACAAUGUUGCAGAUGGAUUCAAAAUUGGAACAUACCAUUCCUGAGCCUUCUUCAAAUUCAAAAUAUAAUAGAAAAGAGAUAGAGAAAACGAAGGGUAGUUUAAGUGAUGGUUCUGUGUGUGAACUCCCCCCUUUGUCUAAAGUGGCUUUCAGGAGAUAUCAGCUUCAAAAUCAAACAAGUUAUCAUAGGCAAGAUCACAUGCUUCCAGGUUAUAAAGCAAAUAACAUGCAAUGUCGUAAACGUUAUUCCAGUAUUGGUGAUAAGGAUCACACAGCAUCCUCAGGCUACGAGACUGCAUCAAAAAGAAGUAAGAGGGAUAGCAGUGGAUCUCCAGUCAAAGGAAUGAACCCUGUAAUGGAAAAUAGAGUAACAUCAACAAACAAUGAUAUUGUCUAUAAAUUCACAGGCCCUUCUCCAGCAGACAACUUUCAAGUAACUUACACACUUGAAGAAAGAGUGCGAGCUGCUGCAUUUGCUCUUGUUUAUAAUAAUUGUAAAAUCAGUACUGACAGGUUUGAAUCAAUGUUCGAUAAGCCUGCACCAGAUUUCAAAACAAUAUUUGCGUGGCGACAACGACUUUUAUCUACAGGUUGUUUGGUUGACAGUCACCUAGUGAUCAAUAAAGACACUGAAAAAUCGGCUCCUGUAAAUAACAAUGUUAGCACUAAGAAACCUGUAGUUAAUAAAUUAGCAAAUCCAGAUGAAAUUCCUAUUAUAUCUGAUAGUGAGGAUGAUUGUCCUAAACUCUCUCAAGUGCAGAGUAAAUUAUUACCAUCUUCAAGGCAAAGAAGUAUGAGUGCAGAAACAUUGUUAAUAGGUGCUUCUGAAGAGAAUAGGCUGGCUGGUAGUUCAGUAAGCACUGUUGAAGAACGAAGAUCACAAGCAAGAAGUCGAUCUGGGUCAACUCAUCAACGGACCCGAUCUAGUUCACGUGACAGUCAAGAUUCUAACUACCCGGAUACUGAUUUGGAGCAGUCAGACAAAAAGGGCACUGAUACAAAAACUAAUAAUACUAACAAAACUAAUAUACCAUCAAGAGUAUCUGACCAUGAUUCUGGCUCAGACUCUAUUUCAUAUCACAGUGAUGAGGAUAAUUUCUUGUCUAGGGUUUAUGGGGAAGGAAAAAAGAAACGUAAAGUUAAAAAGCGCCCUAUACCAACAGUAUCUGCUAAACCUGUAGGUUAUGGAACAGUAGAAGACAAUAAUAGUUUUUCAGGAUACAGUACAGUAAAGCCAACAGAUAAGUCGCCUUUAGCUACGGGGAAUAUUUACACUACUAACUUACGUAAUAUGAAUGUUAAAAAUGACGUAAAUGUUGACACUGAUGGAUGUUCAAGUGAAUAUGUACCUUCAAAAUUAGGCUCUAGUACUAAAAAUUAUGAAGAAUUUAAAAAUAAUGUAAGGAAGAAGGGAUAUUGGGCAAAAGGAAAUGGAAGAGCUUUAGGGAAAAUGGGUAAUAUGUCAAGACCAAUGUGCCAAACAUUUGGUAGAUUUUCAAAACAAAACUUUUCUACACCUACACAUGGAUACAUGUCUGUCCAAAAACCUGCUAUACUUCCACCGCAACCAUUGCCAACAGUCAACAAAAAUGAAGAUUUCACCGAAAAUAAUUUGGAUAGCUUUACACUACAAGAUCAGUAUUUGCCUUUUGAUAAAUCCUUACAGGAAAUCUCCACAGCUGUGCCUGAAGAAACAUCACGUAUUUUCGACGUGGUCCAAUCCAAUUCAUUCACCAAAAAUCGAAGCAUUUUAGAUAUUUUUAAUGACCAAAAUCAAGAAGAAAUGAGUCCAGAGAGAAAUGAUGAUUUAGAAAAAUAUACUAAUGCUCAAAAAGCUUUAGAAACUCAAUGGGAUGAUGAUGAUGAUGCUCUCUACAAAAACUCUGAUACAGAUAAUGAACAGACACAAAUUGAACAGCAAGUACAUCCACAACUAUCAAUGAAUAAGGCUGAAAGUCCUACAUCAAAUAUGUUAUAUGCUUCAGACAAUGAAACACAAGUACAAAGUUCACCUACCACCGCCCAUCACCUAAAUUUAACGCCACAGAUUAUUAACAACAAACAUGAUGCACUUGUAGGGCUUUUGAAGGGUAUACAAACUGUGAAAGAAAAGGAUACAGAAAUUAUUACCAUAUUACCAGUUGUUGAACAACACACCUUUGCACAAAACACAUUGAUUGAUCAAUUUCAUUCCCCACAGAAGUUCUGCAAAGUAAAAACCACACAACCAGAUCCAAUACCAUUGGAGAUUUCUAAUGAUAAAAUGAGCAUGUCUGAAGAGCAUGUAAACAAAGUUUCUCCAGAUGACACUUCAAAAGUGACAAAUAAGAAAAAAGUGCAUAUAUUGGAAUCCAUUACUAUUCAUCCUGGUAAUAAUUUUGAACAAAAUAAAUCACUCCAUUCAAAUGCUAACUCGGAACAGAAUAAAUUAUUUCUGCAUGACCAAAAUAACAUCAUGCAACAACAGGCGGUCUCAUCAAACCACAAUGAUAUUGUUAAGAUACCACAAGAAUCAGAACACAAAACAGAAGAAAUCCCUUUGCCAAUCACAACUGAGCAACCAAAACCUGUUCCUAAUAUAGAUUUCUCAAAUUUAUUGGUUGGCAUUAAUGCUAACACAAUCAUGUUGGCUCUCCAAAAUCUACAAAAUAUUAAUCAAGGGUCUUUAGUCCAACCUGUGAAAGAAACCAAUGAAACUAAUGAUAACAAUGUUGAUGAAUCGGAGCAUGUUGAGACUAUUAAUUUAACAAAUGAUGAGGAAUGGGAGAAAGAGUCCAAUGAUGAUGGUAUUGAAAGAGAAUUACAGAAAUUAGAUGGAAACACUGGUGACACUCCUUUUUUAAGUGAUAUUUUUGAUCCUGGACCAGUUGUCCCUCCAAAUAUGACCAAUAAGCUUAACAUAAAUCUCAAAAAUCCUGACAGUAAUAAAUCAGAAUCACUAAAUUUACAUUUACAUGAUAAUGCUCCAGUAAUUGGGAAUUUCAAAAGUUUUGCUUUACCAAAGCCAAUAUUACUUAAUAGGUUAAAAUUAGCAGUUAAACCCUCUGAUUGCACUAAAACGCGAUCUACGAAUGGGAUGAAGAAAAUUAAGAAAAAGAGCAAGUCAUCAACAUCCCAGAAUGAAGAAGGUGAAGAAGACGAGGAAGAAGAGUCAGGUGAUGAGGCAGACCUGGCAAAAUAUGACUUAUGGGGAAGUGAUACAGAGGGAAAUUCUUCUAAAGCAGAAAAUGCUGAUAAGUCCAAAGAGGGUGAGACUUCAAAAGAAGCACAAGAUAAAGAAGAUAAAAACGGGAAAUCUGCAUCCCCAGACACAAAAAGCAGCAAGAAGAAAAGGUCUCGGAGCUCAUCAUCUUCAUCGAGUUCAUCAUCAAGCUCCAGUUCUAGUCACAGUUCAACAAAUGCACCAAAAAACAAAUUCGAUGAUUUCAACCUAAACAGCGAAAGAGAAUCUUCGCCGAAAGGUCGCAAGUCUCGUUCGAGGUCGCCUCGGUCGAGGUCAGCGGGCGCGCCUAGUAGGCACAAAUCACGCGACAGCCGAUCUGCAGGCGAAUCCAGGGGACAUGAUAAGGAAUACACGCGGGAUAGGGAGAGACGUGACCGGUCCCGUGGAAACAGGGACGACCGCAAGGAACGCCGCUACAGUCGCGACGGAAAUCAUUAUAGUGCUAGAGGGAGACACCGCUAGACACAGUCUCCCUCCUUCUCAUUCUCCGGCUUAUGACCAAAACGACAGGACGCCGCUACAGACGCGACGGCAACCAUUAUAGUGCUAGAGGGAGACACCGCUAGACACACACUAUCUCCCUCAUUCUCCGGCCUAUGACCAAAACGACAGGACGACGGUAACUAUAGUGCUAGAGGAAGACACCGCUAGACACACACUUUCUCCCUCUCACUCUGCAAUCGGCUUAUGACCAACACGACAGAACGCCUCUACAGUCGCGACGGCCACUAUUAUAAUGCUAGAGGGUGACACCGCUAAAUACACCUUCUCCCUUUCACUCUCACUCUGCAACCGGCUUAUGACCAAAACCGGCUUACGACCAACACGACAGAACACCGCUACAGUCGUGACGGCAACUAUUAUAAUGCUAGAGGGAGACACCGCUAGAUACACCCUCUCUUCCUCUCACUCUCACCUUGCAAGGCUUAUGAUCAAAACGACAGGACGCCGCUACAGUCGCGACAGCCACUAUUAUAGUGCUAAAGGGAGACACUGCUAGAUACACACUCUCCCUCUCACUCUUACCCUGCAACCGGCUUAUAUCCAAAACGACAGAACGCCGUUACAGUAGUGACGGCAACUAUUAUAGUGCUAGAGGGAUGCACCGCUAGAUACACACUAUCUGUCAUUCUCACUACAACCGGCAUACGACCCAUACGCUGCUACAGUCGCGACGGCAACUAUGAUAGUGCUUAAAAGUGACUACUGGAUUCUCUGUCUCACUCACUCUGCAACCGAAGACCGAAUCGAUUUUUUUCAUUCCCCGACUGUACUUUAUUUUAGAAAGGCUACCUACCAUACUAUUUCAAAUACUAGCCAGUGCAAACAGGCGGAUGUACAGAUAAACCUGCCCAAAAUAUUAAAGGGAAUUGCUCUAUGCGGUGGUUGAAUCAAGAAUCUAUAUCUUACCAAAUGAUAAGUACGAAUUCACAUUCAAAUAUUCUGUACCCCUAGCACGAACCAAUAUCGAAUUCGUAUCGUUUGCGAGUCCGAAAUGUCAUUGUCAAAUGUGUACUGAUUUUUAGUUCUCGUUAUGUAAUUUGAUAUUGACAUUUCGGUUUGCAAACUAUUCGAAUUCGAUAAUGGUUCGUGCUAGGGGUACUGUUCUAUCGUCCGUUG